CUCUAUAAAUACUCUGCAUGGCUCUCUCACUCUCCUCAGCAAAACUUGAGGCAGAUCUCUUUACUAACUCGUAAAAGGAUUUUAAAAAAAGAAAAAAGAUGCAAAAAUACCAGACGGAAUCGUGGGGAUCAUACAAGAUGAGCAACUUAGGGUUUGGCGGCGACGUGGGGUUUGCGGCGGACACAAGCCUGCUUCGCCUAGAGUCUCUGGUGGCCGAGAGCGCCGUGGUAAUAUUCAGCGUGAGCACGUGCUGCAUGUGCCAUGCCGUGAAGGGUCUCUUCCGGGGAAUGGGCGUCAGCCCUGCCGUUCACGAGCUCGACCUCCACCCAUACGGCGGCGACAUCCAGCGGGCACUCAUUCGUCUCCUGGGCUGCUCAGGCGCCUCUUCUCCAGGUGCUCUUCCGGUCGUCUUCAUAGGCGGUAAGCUGGUUGGGGCUAUGGACAGAGUCAUGGCUUCUCACAUCAACGGUUCUCUCGUUCCUCUCCUCAAAGACGCUGGCGCACUCUGGCUCUGAAACCUUCAUUGUUCUGCUUUCUAAUUGUUUAUUUUGUUGUUUUCUUUAGAAAAUGGGUAAGAUUAGGGGAACAAACCAAAGCUAUAAUGACAGGCUAAGUUGCAAUUAAUAGUUUGUAAUUAGAGAGAGAGAGAGAGAG